AUGUGUGUGUUAUGUGGUUUCCGGCAGCUGUACGACCAAGCCCACACUUACCCCUGCUCCAGCCAAGCAUUGAAGCUUGGGUCUCAGGAUGGGGGCCCCCAAAUUUUGGGAGAUCUUCGCAGCAAGUCUGCCAUGGAGGUUGUUAUUGCAGCUGAGUUGGAGCGCUCACGUCUUUGCGCCCCAGAGCAGGUCGCCUUCAGACACCCUUGCUCUGCCUCCUCUGACAGAGAGGUGGCGCCAGAGAGGCGUAGCCAAGGGGGACGGAGGCUGAAAUCAAUGGAAAUGUCACGGGCACACUCCCUCACUGGGACCCAGCAGUUGGUGCUGUUGUACCCAAAUGAUUCCCACCUGAGGCUGCACCCUGUCCUGCCGACUUUCCCUCUAGCUGCCCAGGCCUGCACACCAGCAAAGACUCGUACAACUUGUCCUGCUCCCCGACUCUCCCUGCUGGACGACGUUACCCGCUCCUCCACUUUCUCCGCAGCUGCCUCCCUGUCCCCCCGCCUGCGACAGCGACUGAGGCAGAGCCGACUGGGGGCUCUGGGGGACAGGGGUGGGGGUGUCUACGGUGGUAGCCUGGGCUUCAGCAGCGUAGAGACAGGCCACUACAGUGAUGACUCUAGCUACCAGGCUAGCCUGCCACAGCGUGCAUGGAGCCAGGCUGACGUAAAGCUCCAGGAUCCAACUGCUACUUGCCGGGCUUCCGAAUUCCGCCCGCUGGGCCAUUAUGCACACCUGUCUCGCCGUCAGUCCCCUGCCAGACCCACAUACCUCCCCCUUGGGCCCAGUCCUCUCUCAGAGCGUCCCGCCUCUCUCUGUGUGCUGGGGGCAGGAAGCUUUAGUGACUCUGACUCCGAGUCGGUAUACCCGUACUACUGCUCUACGCUGGGCAUGCUGCUUAGCACUGCCCCUCUGGCAUGCAUGCGCCUCUCCUCUGGCAGCCUGCAACUGGAUGAAGAGGAUGAAGGAGGGGACCCCUUUAAACUCACUGACAAUGAUGGAGCCAAGGCAUAAGCCAAUGAAAUCACAGCACAAAUUCUCCUUCUUGGAAUGUAGCUUUUAGUCCUCAGUUAGUCACAGAAGACAUGCAGUUAUUCAGUUUAACGAGCUCAAUCAACUGUCAUAUUCAUAUGUAAUAAUCUUUAGUAGUUCCUCCAUAUAUCAGAAAUUAUAUGAUACACUUAAAAAUAAAGUGCUUGUGUUAUGUUGAUUUGUUUAAGCAUUUUCAAGUAAUUUAGGUAUGAACUGCAUUUUGUAAAAUGAUAUAUGUAUUUAAAAAUGACAUGUAUUUAAGAACAGCUAUUUUCCUGUAUCCAGUGUUGGGGUAGAUACUCACAAAAGUAAUCCAUUACAGACAGAGCAGGACAGUUCAAUUCUGGACCAGGGUUUUAUUUCGACCUACCAGUUGAGUCCUCUGUGACUGCGACUCUAUGUACUCAACUGGUUGGUUGAAAUAAAGCCUUCAUCUGGAUUUGUACUUUCUGGACCUGAACUUUCCACCUCUGUCUUUAAUCGAUUUCUUUUGUGAAUAACUUCCCCAAUUCUGCCUGCAACCGUUUAAAAUGUUUUUUGCAUGGUUGUGUAGGUGAUGACAUUUGAUGGUAGCCAAGCUGCAUUUUAUUCUAGAUCAAUUUGAUUUUGCAGUGAAUGAACAAAGAACACUAUGUUUGCAUACCUUUUUCCCAACAAUUUAGGUAUGUAUUUGUAUCAGACUGGUUUUAUUAACAUUACCCUGGCAUUGUAUAGUAAAAGGGUAAAUGCAGAAAAUUAGAUCUACUGUAAUUUUAUCAGCCAAAAACGGCCUAGAAACAUAUAUGGUUGUCAUAUUCAGUCCAUGAUCUAUUGUGUCCAAGUUACCUGCCACGGACGUGUUCAUUUGGAUUGGUAUCCGCUCUUGGUUUUGGCUUGUGAAUUGUUCUCUAGUAGUGA